AUGGCGCCAAUAACGCGAUCGGCAUCAAGUCCAAGAACUGAACAUGCCGACCCCGUGCUAGCUAAACUUGUCGAGACGGCCACAUUUGACUGCGACUGGCCAACUCUUCGGCACCACCUGUACCUCGCGCUACUGGCCGUCCUGCCAGUCUUCUUGGAGAAGGGCAAGCCGCCAGUCUACACGGGCGCGGUGCCCAUCAGGGCUGUGUCACCGACGAACACGCAGGAUGGACGCGUACACAUAAGUCACAUGGACGAAGAUCUGCGGCCCAGUACGCAGGGUGGGCUCGUAAUCCACCCGUUCCCGCCAUUAAACCCGAAUCGCCGCCGACCACACGUGAUGGUGAUCAACGCGGGCGAGGGGCGGCUGAACGGGACUGCAGGCAGAGGCAACCCGUUUGAGGACGAGUGGGACGAGGAGGUCAUCAUCGGGGGGCGAAAGCUUCCUGGAUGGUUUGACGAGGACGAAGGCAAGCGCGAGGUCGAGAAGGUCGCGCAGCGCAUCGAGGAGCUCCCAUCUGCGCCAUUCACGGUGCAACGCCUUGCCGAACUGCUGCUGGCACCAACGAGAUUGCACUCGACGCUCGGCAAGUUCCUCCGUGCUGUCGAGAAGACACUCAAUGUUACCACAUCCUACGAGCCGCCGUCGUACACCUACGUGCCGCCUCCAAAUCUCCUACCAAUGGAGAACGUGGGUUCGCCUUCCGCCUCUCCCGCGUCAAUGCAGAUCGACAGCACUGUACCUCCGGGCUCGAUGACACCGAUGUUCUCGCCGAUCCCUUGGGCGAGUGGGGAGAACGACGCGCUCGGCGAGCCGAUGAUGGACGUGGACGACAGGCAUGGUGAUGACGGCUUAAUGUCGCCGCUCAUGUUGAGCGAAGGCUCAGGCGUGUUUGCUUCGCAGCAGAGCCGCUCCCCGACACCCGGGCCAGAGGACGAGGAGGAUGGCGAGGCCAGUGGCGCGGGUGCCUCUGGCGAGUCUGGCGACAGCACGAGCGGCGUAAGUCCUGGGCGGACUGAGGCCGAAGAUAGCGACCCAGGCAGCCAAUCGUACCUCGGCCGAGUGGACGAGUUGGAUUCUGGACCCAUCACGACGAACGGGCAUCACGGCGACGAGGAGCGCCCAACGGGCGUUGGCGAGGGAGGCAACAUGACCCCGCAUGGUAUGAGCGACCAGCCCCUACCGCUUAGCCGCACGACGGUGAUCGGAGAGCCGAAUCGCGAGAUCGCUCCUUUACCUCGGCGCGGAGCUGGACCGGCCGAUGGUGAGGGCGAGCACAGGCAGGAUGGGGAUGAGGCUGAGGUGAAGGGAGAGGCCGGGGCGAAAGCUGAAGAGGCAACCGCCAUAUCUGAGGAGGUGAAGGAGGGCGGCGAGGGCCCCGCUGAGCCAGAAGCCACGGUUGAGGAGAAGGUGGACAGCGCCGAGAAAGGUGAAGCGAAGACCGAGUAG